UAUAUUUUUUACACCUUCUAUUUAUACUUUGCCUGUGUCCUCCCUUAGGAUAAUAUGUUGUAUUAUCAAUUAUAUUAUAACGUAUUAUAUGCAUUCUCUGCACACUCUACAUUGUUUAUUUGUUAGCUAUCUAAUUUUGGCUAACCGUUUAGCUAGAAGCUCAACUGUCUGUACCCCUGAAAAGUGUGAUAAAAUCAUGUUGACCCCACCGAAGGAGGGGGUGCCCAGUAUGAUAGACAGUGCGAUGAGGAUGAGGAGAGAGGAGCAGGCUCGACAGGUGGUCCUCGCCUGGGCUGUGCUCAACGUGUCCUUAGCUGGCAUGAUUUAUACCGAAAUGUCAGGAAAACUGCUGAGCCGAUAUUAUAACAUAACCUACUGGCCUAUCUGGUACAUUGAACUGGUGCUAGCCUCUCUCUUUAGCCUCAAUGCUCUUUUCGACUUCUGGAAAUAUUUCAAAUACACCAUGGCUCCAUCCACCAUUGCUGUAUCCCCCGAGCAGCAUCUUCUCCUGGGGCUGAGGAACACAAGUAUUCAGGCAUCUCCGCCCCAGAAGCCAGAAAAAAAAGAGACGCCAGCUCCAGCCCAGCUGUCUCCCCUGCAGGGCCAGAGUGUGCUGAGUUUCAGCCCCUCUCGACCAGCCACCACCAGCCCUAAGUUCUCCCCCAGCUGUGUACCUGGGUACAGCCCUCCUCUCAGUAGCCCGUCGACCCCAAACAGUGGGGGGGGGCCCUUUUCCCCUUCAGUGGCCUUUGGAAAGGUGUUGAACUACAGUCCCUCCCCUGCUUCCUCUCCCUAUCCGAGCAGCAUUGGGCCAGCAGAAGGCUCCAGCUUGAGGGCUCGAUACCGCACUUCUCCCUCAGUGUUUAACUCCCCAGGAAGUAAGGAGGACUACAUGGAGGAUCUGAAAAGUUUGGAGAGGUUCCUCCGCACAGAGGAGGAGAAGAGUCACCGCAGCCAACUAGGGAGUCCAGAGUCUGUGUCUCCGAGCCACAGUCCAACAUUUUGGAACUACAACCGCUCUGUGGGGGAUUAUGCUCAGAGCCUGAGGAAAUUCCUUUACCAGCCAGCCUGCUGCUCUCAGGCCCCAUCUGCCCACAAGGAUGAUACGGACCUGGGCUCCAAACAGGCUGCAGAGGAGGUGUGGGCCAGAAUUACAACGGGUCGCCCUGUAGUGGACCACAUCGAUGGCUGGACAGCCAAGCUUAGGAAUUGGAUAAGUGAUACUAUCUUGGUCCCCCUGGUCAAGGAAAUAGAUUUUGUCAACAGCCAGCUCAGGAGGAUGGGCUGCCCUGAGCUCCAGAUAGGAGAGGCCAGCAUAAGCAGCCUAAAGCAGGCAGCGGUGAUGAAAGCCUCAUCCAUCCCCACCCUGAACUCUAUUGUCCAGUACCUGGAUAUCACACCCAACCAGGAAUAUCUAGUGGACCGCAUAAAGGAGCUGGCUCACAGUGGCUGCAUGAGCUCCUUCCGCUGGAACAGCGGUGGUGACCUGAAGAACAGGAAGUGGGACACAGACCUCCCCACUGAUUGUUCUAUCCUCAUGCAUGUGUUUUGCACAUACUUGGACUCCAGACUGCCCCCACACCCAAAGUACCCAGAUGGAAAGACUUUCACUUCACAACACUUCAGCCACACCCCAGACAAACCUGAUGUAACCAAGGAGAACCUCUUCUGCAUCCACCAAAGCAACACCACUCCCCCUCACUACCAGCUCAUCUACCAGGGACACAUCUACAGUCUACCCAAGGGCAGGAACAACCUUUUCCACACGAUCCUCAUGUUUCUUUACGUCAUUAAGACCAAGGAGUCAGGGAUGCUGGGGAGAGUAAAUCUUGGCCUCUCUGGGGUGAACAUCUUGUGGAUAUUUGAAGGCUGAUGCGUAGUAACUCACAAGCAACAUAAAGCUGCAAAUGGAUGAUUUUUUUUCUCUUCAUCAGUGCUGUCUGCACUGGUUUGAAUAUCGCCUCAACUUAAGGACUACUCUUUAAGGACUACAUGUUAAAAAAAAGAACUUCACUUUGAAAUUCACAAUAAAUGCACAUUUUUGGAUUUUAGUCUACAAAUUGGCGGCAUGCUUUAUUUUCAUUGAAAUUUUAAGAACACAGUUCUGUUACACCACAAUGUGCUUGCCAUACAAUGCUGAGCUGUAUUUUUAACAUUGUUUAGUUUUCUGAUUUUGUAAUUUGAGAAUGUACCAGCAUGGCAGCUUUGUAAAUAAUAUACCUCACAAUUGGUGGCAAAGGGCUUAGACCCAUCCAGCUUGAAUGUAAAUACAGUAUGUGUGGACUUGACACGUUUCUUUAGCAUCAAUAACCUUUUGCAACUAGUAUGUUGGGUUUUUUUUUCUUCUUUUUUUCCUGUACUGUUUUAGAAUGAAGAUCUGCAGUAAUCUGCCAGUAACUCCUAGCAUGUGCUUGAAUUUACCUGCAAAAAAUGGACCAGUGCAAACUGCAACAAUACUCCAAUAAUACAAGUAUUGGAGUAUUCUGUAAUUGCUAACUUUUCCAUAUUACCAGGCUGCAGUGCCACACAUAAUUAUGUACAGUGUUAAUUCUUUUGAUAUGUGAUGGAGAACAAAAGCUUUUGAAUCACCAAAGUCUUUAAUCUGGAUAUGUUCUACAAAGAGCUCUGAAUGCUGUUUAUCCAGACUUCUUUUCAGCCAUUCAUAAAAUUUCAAACUUUGUACAUGUUUGCUUGUUUUCCACAAUACUAUUUUACAAAU